CCCUCUCCUGCUUUGUGGCCUCCUUUGGACCCAUGAACGGGGCAGGUUUCCUGCGACACCUCUGCCAACCCAUUCAACCGACUCUGCUUUGUUGCCAAGGUCUUUUUCCUCAGGAAAGGGCUUGGCGUCUGUUUAGCAAAAACAUGUUUCCACCAUGAGUCAUGUGGGGUCAAUGCGCGCAACAUGAGCUCCCCAUUCAGUCCAAACCGGUGCGAGUCUCUGUGCCACUGAGCCAUAGCCCUGAGCAAAUAGGCGGGGACCGGCAUGAACAAAAAACCACGCCUGCAGACUUCAGGUGGGAGGACUGAGGACUUGGCAAGAAGGAGCGGUCUCCAAGCGGGCAAUGGCGGAGGCCCAUUUCUGUAGCGUUCUGGUCACCGGGGCCAACCGGGGUAUUGGGCUGGAGCUGGUGAAGCAGCUCCUGGGGCUCCCGAAACCGCCCCAGUGGGUCUUUGCCACUUGCCGGGACCCGCAGGGAGCUGGAGCACAGGAACUGAAAAAACUGGCUUCCAAACACGCCAAUCUCGUGAUACUGCAGCUGGAGGCUACAGAUGAAGGAAGCAUCAAGGCUGCAGCCAAGGAAGCCGAAGCCCGCCUGGCAGGGAAGGGGCUAACUUUGCUGAUCAACAACGCCGGUGUCAUGCCACCAAGCACCCUGGAUUCAGUGACCCAGGAGGACAUGCUGAGCGUCUACCGUAUCAACGUUCUGGGGCCAAUGGAGGUGACCAAGGCGUUUCUACCCUUGCUGACUAUGGCCGCCCAGCAGAGCAAUGAGAAGGGUCUGAGUAGCCGCCGGGCGGCGGUUAUUAACGUUUCCAGCAUCGGCGGCUCCAUUGGGAACCCUCCCAGCUUCCAGACGUUUCCAGUCAUCGCUUAUCGCUGUAGCAAGACGGCGCUAAACAUGCUCACGCGGUGCCAGGCACUGGAAUACAAAGGCCGGGGCAUUCUGUGCGUGGCCAUCCAUCCAGGCUGGGUGAAAACGGAUUUGGGAACAGACAAGGCAACGCUGGAUGUGGGAGACAGCGUACGUGGGAUCCUCCGCGUGAUUUCCAGCCUCUGCGAAGAACACGCUGGCCGGGUGGUGGACUGGCAAGGGAGGCUGGUGCCCUGGUGAAAAGCCCAGGGGGUGGCGUGGCCCACAAACGAAGCCACCGCUCAAGCUGGAUUUCCCCGCAUGGCAUGAGAAAUCCCUGCAGCGCUACUAGAAAUAAAAGCUGUUAGAUUUCCCUUUGCAGGUCAGAUUGGCUGAAUUUGUAUGUGGGUAUGGAUGCACAGGAUGACUCACAACGGAUCAGGUGCAGUUCUAACCCUGAAAUAAAAAGGCAGUUACAAAGCACGGUCUGUAUCGCCAGCUGCCCUUUUUCAACUUUUGUCCUUUCUGGAGCACAAAGGAAACCCUUGCUCGCGCCAGUAAAUCAAUCUGAAACUUUAGAGAGUCAUGAUUGGUCACAGUGCACAGUACAGCAGGACCUCCAUAUCUUUAGAUUCACUUAUCCACA